AUGUACAGAUGUGUCAUCCUAGAGAUGUUUGACUACCUGUGCAAUGCCGAUGAGCAGGAAACCACAGAUGCUUCCUCACCAUCUCCGUACCACACUUUCCCUGAUCCUGCUGAUGUCGUCCGCUUUCGCUCUCAACUCCUUAACUGGUACAACAAGGAGAAGAGAGAGCUGCCAUGGAGGACUCUGGCUACGACAGAGUCAGACAUCAACAUCAGGACAUAUGGAGUAUGGGUUUCAGAAAUAAUGCUGCAGCAGACUCAGGUUGCCACAGUAAAAGACUAUUACAACAAGUGGAUGAAGAGGUGGCCCACAGUCCAGGAACUUGCAGCUGCCACUUUAGAGGAGGUGAAUCAGAUGUGGGCAGGCCUGGGCUACUACUCCCGUGGAAGAAGGCUGCAUGAAGGAGCACAGAAGGUGGUGUCAGAGCUAAAGGGACAGAUGCCUCAGACGGUUGAGAGCCUGCUCAAACAGCUGCCUGGAGUGGGACGCUACACUGCUGCAGCUAUAGGCUCUAUUGCACAGGGGCUGGUUACCGGAGCUGUGGACGGUAAUGUCAUUCGGGUGCUGUGUCGCCUGAGGGCGAUUGGAGCUGACAGCACAAGUCCAGCAGUGACAGCGGCACUUUGGGAUCUGGCCAAUUUGCUGGUGGAUCCUGAGAGACCUGGAGACUUUAACCAGGCCAUGAUGGAGCUGGGAGCACGAGUCUGCACCCCUAAAGGGCCCCUGUGCAGCCAGUGCCCCGUGCAGUCUCACUGCCACUCUUAUCACAAGGUUCUUGUCAAACAAGAGCAAAACUCUAAGAAGCUUUUGGGGAAGCUGGGUACAAAGACUUCAGAGCUGCCUGACAUAGAAGACUGCACGAACAGUGUAACAUGUCCCCUGUGUCCCUCGGAGCCCUGGGAUGAUGAGCUGGGUGUUCAGAACUUCCCCAGAAAGCCGUCGAAGAAGCCGCCCCGGGUGGAGCGAACUCUUACCUGUGUGGUGAAGAGGCCUGGAGAUGAUGGGGAAGAAAGGUUCCUGCUCAUACAGAGGCCGAGCAAAGGUUUGUUGGCAGGCUUGUGGGAGUUUCCAAGUCUUCUGCUUGAGGUUGAAAACUCUGAGAAGAAACAGAAGGGGGCGCUCUGCGAGGAAAUCAGCAGAAUACUGGGAACGCAUUUAACUGGAAACCUGUUCCAGUAUGUGGGAGAGGUUGUCCACAUCUUCUCCCACAUCCACCAGACUUAUGUGGUUUACAGUGUGUGUUUAAAGGAGAGGGACACACACACACUGACUGGAAACACACAGUGGCUCACUAGAUCUGCUCUACAGGGAGCUGCUGUGUCCACAGGACUGAAAAAGCAAUAA